UUGCAGAAACUGCCGAAGGAAGUUUACCACGUGAUGUUUACUCGUAGCAACGGUGUGUUGUGUUGUGGUUUCUUGGUUGCUAGGGGCUGCAGCAGUUUAUAUUGUGGUGAAUGGCUUUGAACAUCAACAGCGCUCCUGCAGCUGACAUUCCAAAGGCUAUCUCCCUAAUUCACAAAACAAGAAUGUCGAGAAGUAGGGCACCACUCUUAACUAAGGAGGUGUCAAAAAAUGUCACGGAUAAAAGCAGAUCAUCGUCAACAGCUCGACGCGAGACUGCUAUUUCAAGGAAUAAGCUUAAAGAAAGUGAAAACAAUGAAGACCCUACUACUGCCACAGAACAUAGACUGAAAUCAAAGAAAAAGACUACUGACUCUGUCUCACAGAAGAAGCUAAGAGUGUCUGACAAGGGACAAGGAGAAAUAUCAACUCAAAUGGAGACUAUUUUAACAAAAACAUCACAGAGCAGCAAAGCUGCGGCAAAGUCACGUUCUGACACUAACAUGACCAGUAGAGUGAAGGAUUCAAGCAAGUCUAGUAUAACAAAGAAGCCAAUACAGGCAAUUAUUGCAACAACUAGACCUAAACCGAUUGAAGCCUCAAAACCUGUUCAUCGUAAAUCAGAAGAAAGGAAAGGUGCACCCAGUCAUGCAACAAAGCAAGUGCAACAAUCAAGUGUCCCAUCAAAACCAUCUACCUCCAAACAACUUCAACCAGAUAAACCUAGUAAGAACAGUGGCUCAGAGAAAAUGAAACCACAAGACUCCAUUUCAAACAGAAAUGUUGGAGAGGGGAACAGAUUAAAUAGAGAACGUACAAAGACUCGCACACUUGAUCCAGGAAAUUCUCAGCUGUUAACAACUUUACAGCAUGCUGCCCAACAGCUACCUGCAGACAUUGACCCUGAAUCCACAGAUGACAAAGAAAAUGAUUAUGAAGAUGAUUUUGAGGACUAUGAGUCAGAUUUUGAAGAGGCACCUAGUUUAGAGGCUGACUCUGAGGACACAGAAGAAGAUAUAAGUAAAACAGCAACUGACAAAGAUGAUGAUGAUGAUGACAAAGAAAAUUAUGAUUAUGGAGACUCAUCUUCUUCUUUAAGCGAUAUGCAAAUCAACAAAGACCUACCUACUUCCCUCAAUGGAAAAGUAGGAAUGGAAGAGAAGAAAAUGGAUUCUGGGCAUUAUGACAUGCCUGAAGAAGGCAAAAAUAUAGGAAAAGUCAUGAGCACCCUUGUAGAAGUUCCUAAUCAUGUUUCAAAAACAAAACUACUGGGUGACUUUAGCCUACCUAUAGAAACCUCUCAACAAACAUAUGGUUAUGAAGUGAGAGCUAUUAAUUUUGCAAAGGCAAAACAAAGACAGCAAGAGAGAAAGGCUUCAAGCAAAUUAAAACAGAGAGGGGAGAUUUUGCUCAAUAUGAUACGCUUGGAUUUUGUCAGUUUACCCUUAUAUGAUAUGGCACCCGUCCCAUAUGAAGUAUAUAUGAGUAGCUAUGGGCGGUCAAACACACAACAGGUCUCAAGUCAAACAAAUGAGGAUGGCAUGACUGAAGAAGUACAAACAGAGGAGAUCGCAGUGAAAAACAAAUGGACUCAACACCCCCCUGCUCUUAUCUGUCCUGAUCAGUCAUUGAACCACCCUCUGAUCUGUGCUGUGAGUUCUGAGCCAUGUGACAGUAGCGAUAUGGUAUUGUGGAAACAAGGAUUGAAAGUUAACAUGGUGGAGCUAGAAAAAUUUCUAUUAAAUACUGGUCAGCUAAUGCUCAACAUAUUAGAAGAAACAUCGAGUGGAACACAAGGUAUCUUGAAAAGCAACAAAGUAGAUCUUGGUUUCAGCCAAGGUUUCAUUACUUUAGGAACAGAUUCUGUACCAUUCCUAGAAAAUAGAAGGGUGACAAAAAUUUGCUUCAUUCCUCAUCAGCCAAACUCGGUUCUUACAGUUCACCAAAGUAGUAGUGACAAGCUCAGUUACAAGGACGACUUACCAGUGCAACUGGUAAAGCGCUGCAUACUAUGCGUGUGGAGUCUCUUACAACCCUCUCAACCAAUUAAAAUCCUAGUGUCAAGCUCUGAUGUGACUGACUGCACCUUUCAUCCGCACCGUUCCAAUCUUAUUUUUGCAGGACUUGCGGACGGACUUAUUAACGUGUGGGAUUUGAAAGAGCAAUAUUCUUUUCAGAAAGAGAUCGCUUUUCACAACUCUGAAUGGACUCUGAAAUCACCAUCCUACACAACUGCCGACAUUUCUGCAGCAAAACAUUCCUCGGCCGUUGUUGGCAUUAAAGUGUUAGAUGAUGUGUACUCGACUAGCAGAGGCGCUGACCAUUCCCCAACCCAGAUUUGCAGCCUAGACGAAGGCGGACUGUGCAUCAUCUGGACCCUCCUGAGUAGCUCUGCCGGUAUGCAGAACGCCGAGGACGUUGGAAUUGCGCCCUGGGGCUGCGUCCGUCUGCUCCAGAACGAGUCCUUCUCGCUGGCGCAGCGCGUCGUGGCCGUCACGGAUGAGGCAGUCGGUCCCAACCUGCAGUUCGCCGACCUCGCCCUGGACAGCGCAGACCCGACGCACCUGCUGGCGGCCGCCAACACGGGGCACGCGGUGCACGGCCUGAGCAGCGGAGGCAGGGCCCACCCCACCGUGUACCCGCCGCACUGGGAUUGCCUGUCACCUGCCACUUGCAUUUGCCCCUGCCCGUUUGGACUUCCCUACUUCUUGGUGGGCUGCGGGGACGGCACGGUGAGGCUUCACAGCCGACUGACUGCCCGGCCUUUGUUGAGUGUAGCUGGAUCUGGUGGAGUGGUUGGGGCAGGCCCAGCCAUAUCCGUCCUGCAGUGGUCGAACUCCAGGCCAUGUAUAUUCUUUGCUCUAGACUGUGAAUCAAGACUCCAUGUUUGGGACUUGGCGUCAAGUGACAUGUAUCCCAUGUUAACAAUUCCCUUUAAGGGCAAGUUCAUCACUACAAUGCAGCUCUCUCCACCUCGGCAUACUUCGAAAGCCUGCCCCUAUUUGGCUCUUGGUACGUCUUGUGGUAAGUUGAAGGUUCAUCUUGUAAAAGAGAAUUUCGCAUCUACUUCACUAGAGGAUACUGCUAUAGAGUUGGACAAAUUUAAAAGAUAUGCCUCAAUCCUCUAAAUGGUCCAACAGGGUUGAUAGUAAAAAUGACUGUACCUUGUCUGAUUUGAUUUUAAUUAAAUGUUUAUAAAUAGAAAUUCACCAUUA